AGCAGGAGCAACAAGAUGGUCAACUCGUGCAUCGUACGUGGCGUGCGUUGUCUCUCUUCUCCGAGUCCGAGUAGCGGAUCGAUUUGUGUGACGGAAGUGGGCGAAUCCUAUUGCCGGAACUACGUCACCAGGACAGCCCCGCACGCACGCAUACACCGUCCCAAUAUGGCGCCCAAACAACGUGCCGCUAAGUCCGACUCUUCCAAAAUGAACAAGAGCGACGACAGGUCAGAUGGUUUUUGUUUGGAAAUGAGCUCCAGCGACGACGAGGCCCCCGAAGAGGUCACCUUUGAGGACUCCAAGGCCCAGGCGCUGAGGAGCGUCGAGCUGGCGCUAAAAGACGCGAGAAGGGAGAAAGAUUUGCUAAAGGAGAAGAGGAAGAAGCGGCAGGAACUAUUCCAGGAACAGAAGAGGAGGAAACUUCUUUCCGCUGAACUUCUGGAAGAAAUUGACGCAUCAGAGAAGCAAAGCCAGCAAGAAGCCGGGGACGUCCCUCAAGAUGACAUGCGACAGGAGACGAAACGCAGGAAGAAAAAAAGACUUCAUCACUCUAAAAAACUUAAGGCUAACUGCAAGGUGACGAUGGCAAAGAAUCAAGCGUCGGCGUCUUUCCAGCAGAAGGCUGCCGAAGAUUUCUUACAGUCGCGGCUUUACGGCGCCGGAAGUUGCCGUGUCACCAGCACUCAGCUGCUGUCCCUUCAAAAUAAGACCGCGAGGACCAAAGGUGCAGCAAUUGAUUUCGUCAAGAGCCAAUGGGCUCUAAAGCAAAAGAGCAAAGCGGAGAAGUUGAACCUCAGGUGGAUACGCAAGCACGUUCCUUCCAGCUGAUUGGACGCUUACGAAGACACGCCCACGUUGUACACCAAGCAUUUGGACUUUCGGGACAUUUUGUCAAUCCCCAGAUGAAAUGCUGCCCACUUUCUGUUUGCUUGAGGACCAAUCACAGGUUGAUCUUUUAGACAGAAACAUGUUGCCACGGCAACCGAGACUUGGAUUGCAUUUUUUCUGUCAUUUGUGGACUGGCAGGUGAAUGAUUUUCAGUGGAAUUGACGGUAAUAGAUAUCCAAUACAUUUUUUAGGGGGAGGGGCUGUGGCUUGGAUGUCUAUUGCCAUCAAUGAGUUAAUAAAAAUCUGUUUACGUUCACACAAGUCCCGUUAUUUCUGUUCAAAAUGGGACAUUAACUGCUACAAACUUUGCGCCCUUGGUCCAUCGCAGAUUUUUUUUUUCCAAUUAAUAAAUACAUUAUUUUAUAGAGAUGUCCUGGUCCGAUCACGUACAGCCUUUCACUGCGCCUCAUGCUGCUUUUCUUUCUCAGCAGGCAGCUGCAGUUUGGUCGUUAAAGUCAGUGUUCUCACCAGAGGUGGGCAGUAAUGCGUUACCAUAGACUUCAUAACUAUUGACCUGACACUUCGUCAUUCUUUGCGUCACACUUUACCACAGGGGGCCGAGCUUGAUGCUUCAUUUAGUAAUAGUCAGCCGAAGACUGCACACGCUCAUGUCAGAUUUGAGCUUGGGUUUUACAAAAGCUGUACCGCAUACAAACAGGAAGGAUUGUCUCAGGAGUGAUUUAUUCGAGGAUGUAAUGUAAAUAUAUUUUAUUGUACCAUGCAUGCAUUUUGAAACGUGAAAAUUCAAUGUGAGAAUGGGAACCACUACGGCAUUGGCGUCAUUCUUCAACAUAUAUACGUAAAAUAGAUGCAUAACUGCCCGUUUUUUUGCUCGUUUAACAAAGACUCGAGAGUUUUACAUUCAUAUCUAUGAAGAAUUCCGUGAUUUAAGAAUUUAUUCGCAAGAAUUUUCGCCAGAAAAGCUCUAGUUAUAUCAGGCGGCCGCUAGCCUCAUUCGUUAACGGAGUAGCCAUAUAUAUAAAUAUAUAUACAGUGGGGAGAACAAGUAUUUGAUACACUGCCAAUGGGAAAACCCAUUGACAGUAUCAAAUACUUGUUCUCCCCACUGUAUAUAUAAAUAUAUACACAGUAUAUACAUAUAUACACUAGGGCUGAACGAUAUUGAAAAAAACUAUUGCUGCGAUUUUUUGGGGGUUUGCGAUAUAUUGCGAUAUUAUAUUGCAAUAUUUUAAAAAAUGUAUAUAUAUUUUUUUCAAGAAAUUUUCACAAGAUGACUUAAAUAGCUGUUUGGAAAGACUUUAGAUGACUCACCAUCACCACAGUGUACAGUCAUCCCUUGUUUUUCGCGGUUAAUGGGGACCAGAACCCGCCGCGAUAAGUGAAAAACCACGAAGUAGCGCACCUCCCCCAUUUUUUUGUUUUUUUUUUGUGUGUGUUUUUUGUGCCCAAUGUAUUUAUUCAGAUUUAGCAUUGGAAAGAGAUACAUAUAAGACAUGAUUUUUUCUCACUUUCCCCCCCAAAGUGAUUUAAAAAAUGUAUAUAAAUAAAUGGUUUUUAAGCACUUCAAAUGUCAUAAUUAUCAUAAGUUUUAAACAUAACUGUCCAACCAAAUCAUUUUUGAACAAGAAUAAAGUACUGUAGCAGAUAA